UACGGCGUUCCCUCCCUCCUUCCGUCCUCGCGCGACUGAGACGGCAGGGCACGGGCGGGGCCUUCCCUCCCUGUGUCUCUCGCUCUCGUCCCUCUUUCUCCACCCACCUUCGUACCACACCGGGCUGACGUGGCCCGGGCCCGGUUCAGACAUGGCGGACGGCAGCAGGCAGAGCAAGCUGGCGUCGGCCAAGAAGAAGCUGAAGGAAUAUCAACAGAAGAAUAGCCCUGGGUCAGCAGCUGGAGCAAAGAAGAAACGUAAAGGCAAAGAAGGAAGUAGACCAGAGACACCAACUAAUGAUGGCAGAGAGUCUCCUGAAAACAUUCAGAACAUUCUGAAGGUGUUGGUGUCAGACCUUAACCGCUCCAAUGGGGUAGCCAUACCUUCAUUGGACAAGAGGAAGGCAUACUGUGAUGGUGAUGUUUCCGCUCACAAUGCUGAACAACUCGCUGCUGGUGUCCACAUGCUGUCUAACAGCAACAGUUUGCCUAGCUCUGCCGCUCCAAGUCCUGGUAGCAUGCAGCUGUUGCAGAUCUGUGACACUGAUCAUAAAAAUGCCUUGGAAGAAAAUAGGUCCCUCUCAUUGGCAGAUAGUCUCCGCCAGCUGUCUGAACAGCUUAAUGGCAUGGUCAAUCAGCCCACGGCCUAUGUGAAUGGGGAAAACGCCACAUCUUCAACAGAUAUGAAAGAGAUGGCAACACGUUACCAGGAGCUGGCAGUAGCCCUAGACUCCAGCAAUCUAACAAACAAACAACUCAGUACAAAGAUAGAGGAAUUGAAGCAGCAGAACCAAGAGAUUAUGAACCAGCUGGAGAAGGAAAAGAAGGGGUUUGAGCAGAAAUUUUCAAAGGAACAAGCAGCAUUGCGAGAACAGUUACAGGUCCACAUUCAGACGAUAGGAAUCCUGGUUUCUGAGAAAUCUGAGCUGCAGACAGCCCUUGCACAUACGCAGCAGGCCGCUCGUCAGAAAUCAGGAGAAGCAGAGGACCUUGCUGCACGGGUUCAGUCUUCUCGUCAGAGGAUAUCUGAGCUGGAGCACACCCUUUCCUCCCUGUCUACGCAGCAGAAGCAGACAGACAAACAUAAUAAAGAGCUGGCAAAGGAACGAGAUGCCCUGAAACUGGAAGUCUACAAGCAAAGUAAAAACAGUGAAGAAUUCAAGCAGCAAAACUCUGAACUGUCUGAGAAGCUGCGCACCUUGAUCUCUGAAAACUCAGCGAUGAAGCUGGACGUGGAGGAUUUGCACAAGAAACUGGAGAUGGCGGAACUGAUGAUUCAGCAGUUUGCAAACCAGCCAGGAAUCCCAGAUGCCACUCAACAGCUGCAAAUGGCACUGGAAGAAAGAGCAAACCUAGAAACACAAAUUGCCCAGAUGUCUGAGUCGAUCCAGCAACUGCAGACUGAACGGGAUCAGUAUGUGCACAAGCUGAAAGAGGAAGGGGGAAUCUGGCAGCAACGAGUACAGUUGCUUUCUGACCAGGUCCAGGCUCUGACAGAAGAAAAGGACCUGAGUACAACUCGAAUUCAGGAGCUGGAAGCCAAUCUGUCGGAGUUGAUCAGCAGUCAGUCCGUAGUGAAGCCCCUGGAAAGUGAUCCCGCCCCCCAUUCAGGGCCCACAGAAGCUGAGCUGCGCUUGCAAGAAGAGCUCACUCGGUUGCAGGAGGAGAAGGAGGAACUUCGUGGGCAGUGCCAAGCCCAGAUGCGGGACAAUGAGCAGCUGAGCCGCCUCAAUCAGGAGAAGGAGGAGCAGCUGCAGGAGUUGGAAAAGACAGUGCAGCGCUACAGCGAGGAGGCUGUGGACAGGCAGCAGAUCCUGGAGAACAUGCAGAGUGACAAGGCAACCAUCAGCCGAGCCAUGACUCAGAACCGGGAGCUCAAGGAGCAGCUGGCAGAGCUGCAGAAUGGCUUUGUCAAACUGACCAAUGAAAACAUGGAGGUGACGAGUGCCUUGCAGUCAGAGCAGCACGUGAAGAAGGAGUUGGCCAAGAAGAUUGGAGAGCUGCAAGAGAAGCUGGCAGAGCUCAAGGAGAUGGAGGCUCAGAAAACACAAGAGGCUCAGGCCCUUCAGGAGCAGCGGGAUCAGUAUUAUGCCCACCUCCAGCAGUACACUGCAGCAUACCAGCAGCUAGCCACAGAGAAAGAGGAGUUGCACAAGCAAUACCUUCUUCAGAUGCAGCUCAUGGAUCGGCUGCAGCAUGAAGAGGUCCAGGGCAAGGUGACUGUGGAGAUGCAUUUCAAGGAGCUGCAGGAAGCCAAGGAAAGCCUGGAGAUGAUUUCCAAAGAAAACAAGGAGCUGCAGGCUCAGGUCAGCCAGCUCAUGGCAGAACUAGAUGCAAGGAUGCUUCCCAGGGCACAAGGGGAUGGAGUGGAAACCGAAGAGACUGUAGAAGAGCUGAAGACUCCUGCCCUUACCAUCCCAGAUAAUUUUGAAAGUAGAGAGGAAAUGGUGGCUUUCUUGACAUCUGUUAUGUCCCAAGCGGAAACUGAGCGAGAGGAGAUGAGGCAGCAACUGUCUGAGGAGAGGAGGCAAUGCAGAGGCCUCCUGAAGCAGAUUGCCAUACUGAGGAAGGAGCAGCAGCUGCAUGUUGCAUCUGGGGGAGAUUCUGCUGCAGAUUCUGUUCCAGGUGAGGUUCACGAAGCCUUAAAAAGUGCCAUGGAGAAGCUGCAGUCUCGAUUCACAGACCUGAUGCAUGAGAGGGCAGAGCUGAAGGACCGGGUGGAAGAGCUGGAACAUCGUUGUAUACAGUUGUCUGGAGAAACGGACACUAUAGGUGAGUACAUUGCCUUGUACCAGAGUCAGAGGGCUAUUCUAAAGCAGCGCCACCAGGAGAAAGAGGAGUACAUCAGCCGACUGGCCCAGGACAAGGAGGAAAUGAAGAUGAAGUUACUGGAGCUCCAGGAGUUGGUGAUGCGCUUGGUUGGGGAGAAGAACGAAUGGUAUAUAAAAUACAUGGAGAUGGCUCAAAAUGUGGAUCCCCAGUCUGACCCCAAGAGUGAAGCUGCUCUUACAGCAGCGAGGCACGUUGAGCUGAAUGCUACCGAUGGUGAAGGGCUGCGAGAAGUGAGUUUGGCAGAUGAGCCAGAACUGGAAUCCACCGCUUCACAAUCCCACCCAUCACACACUGACAACAAAGCUCCCCAGCCUGCUUCACAAGACCCCACCGCCAAGCAGAUCAUGCAUCUUCUACGUGAAAUUCAAAACCCCCGGGACAGGCUGGGCUCCCUCUUGCAGAACCCCUGCAUUCCCUUCUUCUAUCGAGCUGAUGAGAAUGACGAAGUCAAGAUCAUGGUGGUGUAACUUGGCAUGGAAUCUCCAAGGACGUAAAGUGCCCUGUGUUUUCUGUCCUGUAAUCUUCGGUUGCAGCAAGUGUCACACAUGGUGGUUGAGCUCAGUGGAAUUUGAGUGCCAGGCAUCCUGAGCUAGUCUUCCCCUUUUGCUCUUCCUGAGCAGAUAAUGUAGGGCUGUCAUGUGAAGUUCAGGAGAAGACUUUGGUUCUCCUGGCUUCUGCUUCAGGCAGCCAGUCAGUUUCCUCAGUCAGUGACUUUUGUUCCAUUUGUCAUUGUAGCCAUCAGCUCAGCACCUUUCUGUUAAUUUAUUCCAGGUUUAGAUGGUUUGGAUCCUCUUUGUCCCUUACCAUAGAUCUCUGUCUUUUUGCUUUAUUGCACAGUUGGCCUCCUGCCCAAAUUUAGCAGCCAUCUUAAUCUCUAGCCCUCCUUAAAACAGAGAGCUCUGCAAAACAUUUUCCUUUUUGUCUAAUGACUUGGGACAGGCAGUUCAGGGGGAGAAUCUGUCUCCUGUUAUCCUUUUGGGGUUGGCUUCUGGCUUUUUGGUGCAGAUGAUCUGAGGAUGGGAUGGAAAUGUGGCUGCGCUUUUGAAGGUGACAUAGUUUGCUGUCUCUGUUGGAUGGUUUUAAUUUUUUAAGAUGGGGAAACUUUUCUCCCCUCUUCUUUUUUAAAGGAAAUCACUGAAAAAGCAUACUUUUAUAUUGAUCUCUGGAAUUUCAACUAUCUUUAAUUGGACCUCCGUUCUUCCUGGUUGGGCAGUGGAUUAUUUUAACAGUGAGCAGGGUUGUUUGAAAUAUUUUUUUUAUCUCCUGUGGUUCUAAUACAGAACCAGGCCAGAGAUUUCUAUGCAGGAGGGUGUGUAUCAUAUGUUGAGUUAAAAAGGCAUUCAGAGCAGGUGCAUGAGGGAGGGACAAAGAUUUGCCCCAUGUCUAGCUUGAAUUCUACUUAGGAGGCCAUCUGUGCGAGAUAACUUUGUACAUUUGCAUACAGGCAGCAGAUGUAGCUAGCUGGUGACAUAGCUGCUUGUUUGUGACCAGGGUCCCUCCUGGAGGUGAAAAGUGCUAGCAAAGUGGAUGGGUAUUGCUGCUGCAUUGCACCUCCUUGUAAGUCGUUUUGCCAGUCGCUUACAUAAUAGAUUGUUGUAUCUUCAUCAGAGCCUUUCUUUCCAGUAGAACCUGCUAGAAAAAAGUCCAUCCAAAGGAAAAGCACACAGGGAAGCUUCUUAAAAUGUAAGCUUCAUCCUUCGCCAGUUUUUCAGGAGAGCACGAUUGUAGACUUAAAUCACUGCACUCUUCCAGGAGAUUGGCACAGCUGUGAUGUCAGUGUUACUCCCUCAGUGCAUUGUGUUGGCACUACAAAGUGGGCUUGCGAGCUCCUGUUUGCACGAAUGUACAUAGUGUAUCUGUGUAACAUUUUGUAUAUACCUUGAAUAAAGAGGAGAAAAGUCUUUGGGCAGAAUUUCGGGCUGCCAGAAGUCAUCUUGUAAUCUUGUAUUUAAAAAAAAAAUCAAAUUCAGUGGCGGGAGCCAGGAAUGUGAUUUAAUAUGGCACAUUGUGAAAUAUUUAUUGGGUGUCUGGUUUCUGGGAAUGUGAAAGGAAAACCUUUAUUAGAGAGAACUUGCAUUCUAUUGCAAAGAUAAUUUAAUCCUGUUACAAAUUUGUUCUUUCUGAAUAAACCUGUUCCACCUAUA